AAGUUAGUGUAAAAAUGUGAAAUAACAAACCAAAGCGUGCAUACACGACAUAAACAUAUAUCAGACCACGUUACAAAGAGGGUCCCACCUAUAGUUUUGGUUAUCAAUAUUAUUUUCACAAACUUUCAUACUCUCAUACAUUACUAUACAACUUGCAUUCUAAAUUUCUAAAUUUCCAACUCUUCUAACUUCUUAUACUCUUCUCUUUUAACUUUCUUAUUAUUGUUAAAUUCUGUGGUUUUUUUUUGUUUGUUAUGAAGAAGCUUAGCCCUAAUCUUGAUAGAGAAGAUGGUCUUGAAACUGUGCUUGAAGUUCCUAUACCAGAGGAAAUUUUUACACAUAAGAGUGGAACCAUGAAAGCUUGGCAGAAUGUGAAGUUUUGGAUGAAGCCAAACGCAGCAGAAGCAAAAGCUGCUUCCAUGACAGCAGUGUUUGGAGGAAGAAACUCAGAGAUUCAGCUUUUGUUAGGUGUUGUAGGAGCUCCAUUAAUUCCUUCACCUAUCAUCAAUUCUUCUGACAAUUACCAACUCAUCACUCCCAGCAUUAAAGACCAACGUAUUGAAGUUUCAAUGGCUAAAUAUAUAAUGAAACAGUAUGUGGCUGCAGUGGGAGGAGAAAGAGCAUUGAAUUCAGUGGAUAGUAUGUAUGCAAUGGGACAAGUGAAAAUGGCAACUUCAGAGUUUUCUUCAGGGGAAAGGGGUGUGAAUAGUAAUAAUAAUAAUAAGAAGAUGGUGAAGGUGAAGAAUGUUGAGAUGAAAGGAGAGAUGGGUGGUUUUGUAGUGUGGCAGAAGAGACCAGAGUUAUGGUGUUUAGAGUUGGUGGUUUCUGGUAACAAGAUUAGUGCAGGAAGUGAUGGAAAAGUUGCUUGGAGACAAACUCCUUGGCAUCAUUCUCAUGCUUCCCGUGGUCCACCUAGACCUCUUAGACGUUUCUUACAGGGUCUUGAUCCAAGGUCAACAGCUAAUUUAUUCAGCACCUCAGUAUGCAUUGGGGAGAAAACAGUGAACAAAGAAGACUGUUUCAUAUUGAAACUCGAAGCAGAGUCAUCAGCGCUACGAGCAAGAAGCAACAGCAACGUAGAGAUAGUUCGACACACAGUGUGGGGAUACUUCAGCCAGAGAACAGGUCUAUUAGUGCAGCUAGAAGACUCACACUUGCUCAAACUCAAGUCCUCAGAAACUGACUGCGUAUACUGGGAAACCAAUAUGGAGUCACUAAUACAAGACUAUAGAACCGUCGAUGGCAUUCAAAUAGCACACGCCGGGAAAACAAAGGUGUCCUUGUUUAGGUUUGGUGAAGGACCUGAGACACGUUCGAGGACACGAAUGGAAGAGGUUUGGCAAGUUGAAGAAGUUGAUUUUAAUAUUAAAGGUUUGUCUAUUGAUUGUUUUUUACCUCCUAGUGAUUUGAAGAGAGAACAAGAAGAAACAGGACAGUGUGGCGGUGGUGUGGUUACUGGUACUAAUGCUAAGUUGCCUUAUAAGAUUCGUUCCGCUUCUUUUAGGAUAAGUACUUCUAAAGUAGCAGCUGUGAACUUGGAUGAUUCUUGUACUACUAGUGAGAGUGAUGAGGAUUUCUAAAUCCAUCCUUUUUGAAUUUGUAUAUAUAACAUUCACUGAUACAUGGUUAAGUGUUUGUAGUUGAGGUAUGAAUAUGUUAUUAACUUGAUUCCUUCACUUUUAACUUGUUUUUUUCGUUAGAAAGUGAUGAACAGAAAUAAAAGACUGAACAAUUUUCGAUA